GGUUGUUGAUCCCCUUUGAUUUAUUCGCUUAUAGUAUUGGUAGCUCUUUUGCUUACAUGAUGCUUCGCUCAUGAAUCAUGAUCAUUAGGAUGGUUGUUUGGUUGGGCUGCUAGCGAUGCUAGUAAUAUUUUAGUGUGAUAACCACAUGCCAAUGAUUUGGACCCCAAAAAACCUUUUGAUUCUCAUAUUAGAAUACUCGAUUUGCACUACAAACUAAGAACGUUCUCUGUUUUUGAAGUUGCUAUACCUAUGCUGCACAGAGCAUACAUCUGGGGAUCAUCAAUCUCUAGUAUAUAGCAUUGAUACAGAGAAUACUCUUUCUGCACAUGGACUCUUAAACCCUUUGAUAAAUAAUUUUCGGCUUUCUAGGAACUACUUUCAAUCACUGAAAUCUUCUGUCAGGAAAAAGAUAAUUGACAUCAGCUAAUGGCUCCUUUAUCGAUAUGUUUCUUAAUUCCUCUUAAUAAUUUCCUCUGUCAAAAUAUGUCAAACAUUUCUGAAUGGAGGGAGUAUUAGGCAACUGACUAUCUGAUUGUGUUUCACUUCACUGCAAAUCCAGAUUUGGUACAACAAUGUCCCUCACCCAAAGCUGGUGGAAUAUAAGAAGGAUCAGAACUGGGUUACAAGGUCUGGUGAUUAUCUUGUUUUCCCUGGAGGUGGAACUCAAUUCAAAGACGGUGUGGGAAGAUACAUCCAGUUUAUUGAACAGACUAUGCCCGCCAUUCAUUGGGGAACGCAUACAAGAACUGUCUUGGAUGUUGGAUGUGGUGUUGCCAGCUUUGGUGGAUACUUGCUUGACAGGAAUGUCAUUACUAUGUCAUUUGCCCCAAAAGAUGAGCAUGAAGCUCAGAUACAGUUUGCAUUAGAGCGUGGAAUUCCAGCAUUUCUAGCAGUGAUAGGAACACAAAAGCUUCCGUUUCCUGAUAAUGCAUUUGAUGUUGUACACUGUGCAAGGUGCAGGGUCCAUUGGUAUGCAAAUGGUGGAAAACCGUUGUUGGAGCUUAAUAGAGUGCUAAGGCCUGGAGGUUAUUUCAUUUGGUCUGCAACCCCUGUGUAUCGUCAAGAAAAAAGAGACCAGGAUGACUGGAAUGCAAUGGUUACUCUGACUAAAUCAAUCUGCUGGAGAACAGUGGUAAAAUCUCAAGUUCUCAAUGGAAUUGCAGUUGUUAUAUAUCAAAAACCAACAUCAAAUUCUUGCUAUGCUGAGAGAAAAAGCAAUGAACCCCCUCUAUGCUCCAAGACAGAUGGGUCACGUUUUCCUUGGUACGCUCCUCUCGAUAGUUGCAUUUUCACAACUUCCGCCUCCAGUUUGGAUGAAAGAACCAACUGGCCUGUUCCAUGGUCUGAAAGACUUAAUGUCAGAUAUGCAAGUGUGCCUGGUGAUUCUGCUUCUAACAAAGAGGCGUUUGAGGCUGAUAGAGAGUAUUGGAAACAGGUUGUUUCAGAAGUAUAUUUCAGUGACUUCCCACUUAAUUGGUCAAGUAUUCGUAAUAUAAUGGACAUGAAUGCUGGUUUUGGAGGGUUUGCAGCAGCACUCAUUGAUCAACCUUUAUGGGUUAUGAAUAUUGUACCAAUUGAUCAGCCAGAUACCCUACCGGUUAUUUUCAACAGAGGUUUGAUUGGAGCAUAUCAUGACUGGUGUGAAUCUUUCAACACCUAUCCUCGUACCUAUGAUCUUCUCCACAUGAGUAAUCUCGUUGCAAGUCUUACAAACAGGUGUGACAUCAUUGAAGUAGCAGCUGAAAUCGACAGGAUCCUGAGACCUGGUAGAUGGUUUGUGCUGAAAGACACCAUAGAAAUGAUAAAAAGGACGCGACCAGUCCUCAAGUCUCUGCACUAUGAAACUGUCGUUGUGAAACAGCAAUUUCUUGUUGCUAAAAAGAGUUUCUGGCGUCCCGGUAAACCAGCUUCCAGAUCAGGAUGACAUAGAUCAUACUUUCAGGAGAGUCAUCAACGAACAACAAUUCUUUGAUUCUUUGAGUUCUAAUCAGAUAGAUUCUUUAUACGGCACAGACACUGGUCAGUUGUAGAUGGUUACUUAUCGGUACAGUAAAUACAUACUUCUGAUAAGAAGUUGAGCUAAAACAUUCUUUUUUUGUCAAAGCAACAUAACAAGGGUGUUAUAAGCUUACAUUAGUAGGCUAGUUCUGACAAAUGCGCACACGGGCUUGAAACAUGUUUCAUGUUUGUAUACUUGUUCAUCAGUAACUUCUGUACAUUCAUUUACAAUCUUUGGAAUAACCGUGUGCUCCUUUUUUUC